CUGUUGCAGGUCCUCCAAAUAUUUCAGAAGGUACAACAUCAUUUGUGACAUGGAAGUGGGUUGAUAUAACACUCAAUAUAAAUGUAACGUCAUAUCUUCCAUUAAUGGCAGUUUCAUGGGAAUAUACGAUGAAUUCUAAUAUGAAUACGUACGUGCCGUUUAAUAUUACAUCCGUGUUGAGAUACUCUGGUGGAACAUUGUCAUCUCCAUCUCUGACAAUAAAAAAUGUGACCAACAAUGACGACGGAUUCUAUAGAUGUGUAGUGUCAAAUCGUGAUGGAACAACAACCAGCUCUUCCUUCUAUAUAAGAAUUGAAACAACGCUUCCAGAAGUAUUAGUUGGGACAACGUCGAUUACAGUCAAAACAAGGUCUAACACAACCCUCUACGUGAAUUACACAUCCGGACCGGAAAUGAAGUCAGUCACGUGGGAAAAGCGAGAUAUGACCAAUCCCUUCAUAUUUCAUACAGUAAAUAUUACUGACAAUGAUCGAUACAGUGGAGGCUCUAUUGAUAAACCAUAUCUGGAGAUUACUGAUGCUAUGGUGGAGGACAGUGGUUAUUAUCGAUGUAUCGUCAUUAACAACGAUGGAAUGUCAACAACUCCUUUGUUUAACAUCAGUGUUCAAAAACAGCUUGCAACUGUAAAAGUACCCGUCACGUCAUACACAGUAAAAGAAGGGGACAAUCUCACCUUGUCUGUGAUGUUAUCGGACACAGAGAAUAACUCAACAAUAGUAUGGGAGAAGAAAGGUGUCGAUGAUUCGACGUACACUCAAAUCGACAUAUCAUCGAACAAGAAAUUCGAGGGGGGUUCGAUUGCAUCUCCUUCUUUAUCUAUAUUAAACAUCACCAACGAUGACUCGGGGCAUUAUCGAUGUAAGGUCAUUAGUAUAGAUGGAACAACAACAAGCACGGCAAUACAAGUCAGUUUGGAAACUUCUUCUGAGGAAUCUAGUUGUGGUAAACUGAACUGCGGUGGUCUUAGAGAAUGUGUUUAUCAUAACAACAAACCCACGUGUUCUGUGGUCACGUGGAAAGCAGCGGCUGCUGGUGUUGCUGGUGCUGUAGGGGCAGUUGCCACAGUUGCUGUUGCUGCGAUGAAGUCUCUGGCAGCUGCCAAGUCGGUAAGUCCACUGAACAUGAACAGUCCUGGAAACUCUCAAACCCCAAACACAAAUUCAAAAGCGGAAAAUUCAAAGCCUGAAAAUGAAAAGAUUAAGCAGAAUAAGAAGAACAAUAGAAACCAAAAGGAUACGCAACAAAACAGCCAUGACAGUGAACAUGAUAUGCCUGAGCCCCAGUAUACGGGCCAGUGUCAAGGAGUCAUCUCUUCAAUGCCCCCGCCUGGCGUAUAGUUUACAAAGCUUAUCUCACCACUUAUUAUUUAGCAAAGUAAUGAAUAGAAAGAUCUUUACUUACAAUAGAACAACUUUUAUUAACAGGCUGAAGAAUGAUCGCAGUUACAUUUAUUUUUUAAGCUUAAUUUGCUGCAUGGAGAUAUUUAAUUAAGGAUACCCGUACGAUUUCAUGUUAAGCAUUUACCUGUUAUUAUGUAUAAUUAUGUAAUUAGUUAUAUAUUAAUAUAUAAUGUAAUACUAUAAAAAUUAGCAGAUCCUUAGAUUGUAACACGUAUUUCUCAAUUUCAGCCUAAUAAUAAGGUAUACUAAGAUGAAUUCAAUGAGGUUGUGUGGUCAGCUAUUUCACAUCUAAAUCUUCAAACAAAGCCACCUCUAAAUAUGAAAUGUGAUUUUCUAGCAUAAAAUAUUAAUAUAUAAAAACAAAAUUCAUUCUAGCUCUAGAAUAGCAAUUUCAAAACUCGUUUCAAAAAGUACAGUAUAAAUUGACCAAAAAAUGACCACUUUUCUGAUACAGCCUUCUAAGCCUAGGGAAUACAAGGUUUAUAUAAAUAUUCGGGGGUAAACACAAGUAAAAAAGUUAACGUACAUCGUACAUGCAUGAUCUAAGGUUUAAUACUUAUAUACGAGUAUAUAUAUAUAUAUAUAUAAAGCACAUAUUACAACAACUCUUAAACUAAUAUAACUGUCCUAAGUGAAGGAAUAUUAAUAUAGAAAGCACAGAGAAAUUCACUUUUACAAGGAUACUCACUACCGCCCCAGCCCGGGGUUGAACUCUCGACCUACGGAAUCUGUCUCCUAGCAGUACAGGAACAGCGCGUUAGACCGCUCGGCUAUCUAGGCAACUUAAAAAACUUGCUUUCGAUGCCGAUUGAAU